AUGCAUAUCAAAUCUAUUCCUAUGUGUUUGUUGCCUCCGGCAAGGGAUUCUACCUCCUUAUAUCCUAUUCUAACACUGCACGCAGGGACGGGAACCGGCGAUAACUACUCUUACUUGAUCAUUGACGAUAAGACAAAGGAUGCUAUGAUUGUGGACCCCGCGCAUCCACCAGAGUAUGUCGGGGAUCAAGUACGGGAAAAUUGUCAUGCUAACUCAUUUUAGAGUGCUCCCCGUCCUUGAGAAGGAGGUCUCUGAAAACGGGAUUAACCUGAAAGCUAUCAUCAACACUCACCAGUAAUUAUUCUGCGCCGAUUACAGGUAAGGGGCGGUGCUAACCCCUCAUGCAGCCACAGGGACCACGCUGGUGGCAACGGUGGAAUAGUAAGUGUUAUUCAAAGAGCAUCCCUUGUUUCCUUAACAGCUGACGUAACCCAGCUAGUGAAAUAUCCUCAUCUUCAAGUUCUGGGUGGAAAAGACUGCGAAGGGGUAACACGCGAGCUGGCAGAUCAAGAAAGCUUCAAGAUUGGCGAGGGGAUAACAGUAAAGUCGUUGCACACGCCAUGUCACACACAGGAUAGUAUCUGCUACUAUGUGGAGGAUUCAGGGGAUAAGGCUGCCUUCACGGGUGAUACCCUAUUUAUAGCUGGUAUUGGUUUCCAGAGCAUAAACAACAGAAUUACAGCACGACAGGAUUUGCUGAUCAGACGAAUUAUUAGGAUGCGGGAGAUUUUUCGAAGGGACCGCGCAAGAAAUGCAUAAAGCUCUCAAUUCCACGCUUGGUUCGCUGCCAGAUGAAACGAAAGUUUACCCCGGGCAUGAGUAAGCAAUCGUCUCCUCUCCAUAACCUAAAUCAUUUGGUUCUAAGAAGACUCAGGUAUACGAAGUCCAAUCUUCGCUUUGGGAAAUCUGUCCUCUGUUCACCCGCGAUACAGAGUCUGGAAAAGUUCUGUGAAAAGAACGCAGAAACCCAAGGGAGAUUCACCAUUGGUGAUGAGAAGGUGAGAAGGGUCUUGGAAUAUACACUAACUCUUCCACUGACCUUCUAAAUAGAAGCACAAUAUCUUUAUGCGCGUUGAUGCAAGUUCUUUGCCCGUCUUACUUUUUCCGCGAGCUGGGCUAAUAAGCAACACAGGACCCUGUCAUCCAAGAGAAGACAGGAGAAACAGACCCAGUCGGCGUUAUGAAGAAACUUCGUGAAAUGAAAAAUAACUUCAAG